AUGGCAGAUGGUACUAGAAUGAACCAGAUGGCAGAAAAUAUAGCAGUAAUCAGGAAGCAACUCGAGAAGCAUGAUAAAGAAUUGGAGCGAGUUGAGAGCCAGGGAAAACAGCUUUGUGCUGAGAUGAACCUGUCUAAUGAGAAAAAGUUUGAAGAAAUGAUGUUCAAACUUACUCAUCUUACUGACAUAAUGGAAAAGCAAAGGAGUCCAGAAGUAUUAAAGCUGGGAGGUGAUACCAGUGGGAAAGCAACAGGAGUGGAAGAGAAGAAUCCACAAAGAGAGGAAGUGGAUGUACCAGGAGGAAGUGGUCCAGCACCAUGGCAGAGAAGAUCUCAAUUUCCUCAACAUUGUGGUGAGUCUUCGCAGUUUCCUUAUCUAGGGAACAGAGAUGCAAGGUUGCACUGGCAGCAGGGUUUCUAUGAGGAUUAUAAUCCAAUAGUUCCAGAAGGAAGAAUGGAGGGCAGAUAUUCCCAACAUGCACAGCGACACACAAGAAGACAGUAUGCAGAAGAUAGAGUUUAUAGAAGUGAUCAGCAAGGGGAUGAUCAGUUGGCUAUUAUAACCAGGUCAGUAAGAAUUGAAUUUCCUAAAUUUGAUGGUACUGAUCCUUCUGGAUGGAUUUAUAAGGCAAAUAAGUUCUUUCAAGUUCAUAACACUUCUUCUUAUCAGAAGUUUUUGCUUGCUUCUAUUCAUAUGGAAGGCAAAGCAUUAGUUUGGUUUCGGGACAUGGAAAUGUCUGGUUGCUUGCAUGAUUGGACUGUUUUAACUCAAGCAUUGCUAGAAAGAUUUGGUCCUUUGGGGUAUGAUGACCUUAUGGAGGCUCUUUCUAAACUGAAACAGACCACUAGUGUCGAUGAUUAUAAGGAAAAAUUUGAGGCUUUGUCCAAUAGAGUAAGAGGAAUUGAUGAUCAAAAUAGGUUGAGUUGUUUUUUGGGAGGGUUGAAAAAUGAAAUCAGGCUUCCUGUUAGGAUGUUUAAGCCUCAAUCAUUGUUAGCAGCCUAUGGUUUGGCUAAGGUUCAGGAAGAACAUGUAUUAAAUGGGAGAAGAUUUAAGACUUAUGGUGGUUCUGGUCGAAAUUUUUCAAGCCUCAGCAUGCCACGGGGUGAGGGUUUUAAUAGCCACAAUUUAACCUUAGGAACUCCUAAAGCCACAGUUCCUAUCCAAAAAAUUUCUCAGGCACAGAUGGAGGAUAGAAGGAAAAAGGGAUUAUGUUAUAAUUGUGAUGCGAAAUGGCAAUAUGGGCAUAAAUGCCAAAACCCUAAACUCUUUCUGUUGGAAGGAUUAGAUGAGUUAGAAGUGAGCCCUAACUUGGAAUUGGAGAAGGAGGAUUUGAUGGAGGUUAGCUAUGCUGAGGAGAAUCCAGAAAUCUCCUUGCAUGCUAUUAUAGGCAGUCAACAUCCCAAAACUAUGAGACUUGUAGGUUGGAUUGGGAACCUGAAAAUCAUGAUUUUAGUGGACAGUGGCAGUACUCAUAACUUUGUAGAUUCUUCAGUUUGCAAGAAAGUUAGGAUGUCAAUAUAUAGUGAGCAGAGGAUUAAAGUGAAGCUGGCUAAUGGGGAAGAAGUUUUGAGUGAAGGAAAGUGCACUAAUCUGAAAAUUCAGCUUAAGGAAUUCUCUUUUUUAGCUGAAGCAUUUGUCAUUAUGUUAGCUGGUUGUGAUAUGGUUUUAGGAAUUCAGUGGUUGGUAACCUUGGGGUCAAUCACUUGGAAUUUCAAAGAUUUAACCAUGGAGUUUACUUUGGGGCAGAGAGCAAUUUUGUUACAAGGAUUGGUUGCCCCACAAUUGUGGGAAGAGGCACAGCUGGAUAGCUCUAUACAGAAGAAUUCAAAAGGAUUGCUGUUACAAUUGCCUGACAGUGUGGAGGAUACAGAAACAGUACCUAAAGGGUCAGAAUUGGAAGGGUUGCUAGCUGAGUUUUCUGAUAUCUUUGCUGAACCUAAAGGUUUACCACCUCAUAGGUCUCAAGACCAUGCAAUUGUUUUGAAGUCAGAAGCUAAGCCAGUGUGUGUAAGGCCUUAUAGGUAUCCGUAUUUUCAGAAAACAGAAAUUGAGAAAAUAGUUAAGGAUUUAUUGCAGUCAGGGGUUAUUAAACCAUCUCAGAGUCCUUUUUCUUCCCCUGUGUUACUGGUAAGGAAGGCUGAUGGCUCUUGGCGGAUGGUAUAUUCUAAGCUGGAUUUGAGGUCUGGCUACCAUCAGAUUAGGGUGAAGAAGGAAGAUAUACAUAAAACAACAUUCAGAACACGUGAGGGUCACUAUGAGUUUUUGGUAAUGCCCUUUGGCUUAACCAAUGCACCAUCAACUUUUCAAAGUUUGAUGAAUGACAUCUUCAGGCCAUAUUUGAGGAAAUUUAUUCUGGUGUUUUUUGAUGAUAUCUUGGUUUACAGUCCUAACCUGAUUCUCCAUUUACAACAUCUGCAAGUUACCUUAGAAAUUUUGAGGUCUCAUCAGUUGUUUGCUAAGAGGAGUAAAUGUAGAUUUGGCUGUUCUGAAGUGGACUACUUAGGUCAUCUGAUUUCAGCUGAAGGAGUGAGGGUUGAUAGUAAGAAGUUGUCUGCCAUGGCAGAAUGGCCUAGACCUAAAUCCUUGAAAGCUUUAAGGGGAUUCUUAGGUCUUACAGGCUACUACAGGAAAUUUGUUAUGGGUUAUGGUUCCAUUGCCGCACCCUUAACUGAUUUGUUGAAAAAGAAUGCUUGGUAA